UCUUGUUUCCUCCCGGACACAAUUAUUCAACGCACCAGUCGAAAGAAGCGCCGCAUUCUCACAUUUUCUCCAGUGUGGUUGCUCAGAUGGCGACUACAAAGGUACCAGAGGUUCGUGACAUUACACGCAUUGAGAGAAUCGGAGCACAUUCUCACAUUCGUGGCCUUGGUUUGGACGAUGCCUUGGAGCCACGACAGGUGUCUCAGGGGAUGGUUGGCCAGCUGGCCUCUCGUCGGGCAGCGGGGGUCAUUCUGGAGAUGAUCAAAGAUGGUCAUAUUGCUGGCAGAGCGGUGCUGAUCGCUGGCCAACCUGGCACAGGAAAGACCGCCAUUGCUAUGGGUAUUGCUCAGUCUCUUGGCCCUGAUACUCCCUUCACAGCGCUGGCCGGCAGUGAGAUUUUCUCUCUGGAAAUGAGCAAGACCGAGGCUCUGAGCCAAGCUUUUAGGAAAGCCAUUGGCGUGAGGAUCAAAGAAGAGACAGAGAUCAUUGAAGGAGAGGUGGUGGAAAUCCAGAUCGAUAGACCAGCCACUGGAACGGGUGCCAAGGUGGGCAAGCUGACUCUGAAGACGACUGAGAUGGAGACGAUAUAUGACCUGGGCAACAAGAUGAUUGACUGUCUCAGUAAAGAGAAGGUCCAAGCAGGGGAUGUAAUCACGAUUGACAAAGCCACUGGAAAGAUAAGCAAGUUGGGUCGCUCCUUCACCAGAGCCAGAGACUAUGAUGCCAUGGGAGCUCAGACUCAGUUCGUUCAGUGUCCAGAGGGAGAGCUGCAGAAGAGAAAGGAGGUGGUCCACACAGUGUCCCUGCAUGAGAUUGAUGUCAUCAACAGCCGCACACAGGGCUUUCUGGCUCUCUUCUCUGGAGACACUGGAGAGAUCAAGUCUGAGGUCCGAGAGCAGAUCAACGCCAAAGUGUGUGAGUGGAGAGAGGAGGGCAAGGCAGAGAUCAUACCUGGGGUGUUAUUUAUUGAUGAGGUCCACAUGCUGGACAUGGAGUGCUUUUCCUUCCUGAACCGUGCCCUGGAGAGUGACUUGUCUCCUGUCCUCAUUAUGGCCACAAACAGAGGCAUCACUCGUAUCCGUGGCACAAACUAUCAGAGUCCUCAUGGUAUCCCCAUUGACCUCCUGGACCGUCUGCUCAUCAUCGCUACCUCCCCGUACACUGAGAAAGAGACAAGGCAGAUCCUCAAGAUCAGGUGUGAGGAGGAGGACGUGGAGCUUAGCGAGGAAGCUCAUACUGUUCUGACUCGCAUUGGCAUGGAGACGUCGCUCCGCUACGCCAUCCAGCUAAUCAGCACUGCUGGACUGGUGUGCCGCAAACGAAAGGGGACAGAAGUUCAGGUGGAGGACAUUAAGAGGGUUUACUCUCUGUUCCUGGAUGAGGCGAGGUCUUCUCAGUACAUGAAGGAGUAUCAGGAUUCUUUCCUCUUCAAUGAAACACAAUCGGCUCAAAUGGACACCUCAUAAUGACGAACACCGCUUUGUUUUGUAACUCCUCAAAGUUUCAUCGUCAACACUGUCUGAGGUUGGAGUCUGUUCAGAUCUGGAGAAAGCUGUAUUACACUUUGAAUGAACUUAAAAAAUGAAUUCAGUUGUUUUGGAGUAGCUGAAUUUUACUUAAUUUUCCCAUUCUUUUCACCUUGAUUUUGUAUUAUUUGAAUUCAAACAUAUCCAUUUAAAACUGACUGAUUCUAAAUUCGCCAUGAAACUGUUCAUCAUUGAGGCCUUGUGGCAAGAUUGUCCAUUCCUGUAGUGUUUCCUUUUUUCUUGUUGAGUUGUCUUUACAUGUUUAUUUUUUGGAAAAUAAAUAAACAAGCUUUUUGUAAGCACA